AAGCCGUGCGGGCAUCGCACAGCAGCAACUGGCAAGGCAAGGUAGUAGCUUCCUGAAAAUGGCCAGCUGGGGAAGGGUCGCCGCUGUCCUGAGGACUGUUUUAAGGAGCCCUCGGUCCCUGCAGAGUCUCGCACUGCGUCGUGCGGUCGGCCCCGGUGUUUUGGGCUCUGUAAUUGGAACCGGGCUUAUUUGUUACUACCAAUAUCAUGCACACAACAGGACUCUGCCCUUUGCCGUUCAUGCCGAGGAAGAAAAAGAAGUUGCAGCUCCUCGGUCUGCCAGAAAGAACCGUUUCAUCCAGUUCGCCUCAGUGAUCUAUGAUGAGGAACCCUACAUGACCCCGAGAGACUUCCUCUUCUCUGUGAUGCUGGAGAACGUAGAUCGAAAGCUGCAGAAGAGGAUUUUGACGCCACAGGAAGUGAACAGCAUGUUGACGGCCGCCUCUAAAGCUCGGCCUGGUAAUUCUCUGUUCAGAAACCUGGGAGACAACGGGUUGAUUUCCUACACAGAGUACCUGUUCCUUCUGACCAUCCUGACCAAGCCGCGCACAGGAUUUCACAUUGCCUUCAAAAUGCUCGACAUUGACGGGAACGAACACGUCGACCAAAAGGAGUUCCUCAAGCUCAAGAAGAUCAUUGGAAAAAGUAGUAAAAUGAAAAUUCCCAAGGACAAUGCAGAGAAACCGGUGGAGGAGGCCGAGGGCGUGAACACCACGCUGCAGGCCUACUUCUUCGGCAAGAAAGGAGGAAACAAGUUGCAGUAUAAGGAGUUCCUCAGGUUCAUGGAGGACUUGCAGGCUGAGGUCCAGGAGAUGGAGUUCAUGCAGUUCUCCAGAGGCAUGGACACCAUGCGGAGAGAAGACUUCGCAGAGUGGCUGCUACAUUACACCAACGAAGAAGACAACGAAAUGUACUGGGAAAACAUGAGGAAGAAGAUCCCUGCCGGACAGAGCAUCACCUUUGAUGAGUUCAAAGUCUUCUGCCUGUUCACCAACAACCUGGAGGAUUUUGCCGUUUCAAUGAAAAUGGUCACUGAGGCAAACCGUCCUGUGGGAAUGGCCCAGUUCAAGCGAGCCGUGAAGAUCGCUACGGGCCACGAUCUGUCUGAGAACGUGCUGGACACUGUGUUUAAACUCUUCGACAUGGACGGAGACAACUGCCUGAGUCAUAAAGAAUUCAUUGGCGUGAUGAAAGACAGAGUCCUGCGGGGUCUGAAGGUCCAGCCUCAGUUCGGCAUCUCCGGCUACUGGAAGUGUGUGAAGCGAGAGACCCUGAAAGGAGCCAAGGAGGCCUUGGGAGAUAACGGGUGCCCCAUCUGAACCACGGCACGUCUGAUGGAAGACACGCCGGUGUCUUCUAGUCAAUUAAGUGGUGUGAACAGCACUAUACAGGAAACCACAUGUAAAGAAAUACACUGCUGCACUAUCCUGAUAUAAAUACUGUAUGUUGUUUACAGGUCUAUUUGUUUGACGUUGGCUAAAGUUUUGAUUUAAAGAGAUCGUGUUGGGGUGUUUACACUAUUGCUUUCUCACUGUUUGCUCAUUUUAAUAUUCAAUUAUUUUUGUAAUCUAUGCAAAGUCACAUGCACUUAAGUGACCAGGUUGUAGGAUUAGAAAACCUCGGUUAUCACAAAUUUAGUUCCUCCACUCAAACUGACAUUUUGUGAUCAGCUGUUCACAAACAGAGGCUCAUGAGGGCAAAGCCGUCUGGUUCUGGCUUGUUUACUGUGAUUCAACGGCAGCUGAUGGGGUUGUUUGCAGGACAAUCGCAAAAAAACAACAACACGGUCCAUCUUAUCCAGCAAAGAGGAAUCAGACUAAUGACGAGUUCAUAUAAACUCACACGUCUAAAUAAACACGAUACCGUCCCAGUAGUCAGGUCACUUAAGUGCAUGUAAACCCUGUUGUUGUCAGUCAGUGUGUCUGCAGAACUGGUUAACUGUGGUUUAAGGGAGAGAUGCCAAUUCUGCGCAGGAUGACAAGUAAUGACUUGGUGUGAGGUUUUUCCACGUUCUUGUCAAAAAUAUUUAUCAAAUAAAGUUCUUAUGAAAAA